CUUCAGCCAGAGCGGUAUAUAUAGCCGAGGGAGAUGAGGGGAAGGCCCCUGGCAGCCAAAAUGAAGUCUCUGCUGUCUGUGUGCUGUGUGCUGUCUCUGCUGGCCCUGUCUGCUGCAGAUCUCCUGGCAGGGUCCUCCAUCCAUGAUGAGGAGCCUCUGGUGCGUCUGCAGCUCCAGCAGCCCGAGGGAGACCUCUUCUCCUGUGGAUGUGACACAACAGAGGAGCCCGCCAGCCAGAGCUCCUCCAAUGACACCCCGGCCCCAGAGAGGGCCAUGUGCCAGCCCUGCAAACCCCCAUCAACUCUAGAUACUGAAGAGGAGCCAUCUCCCACCUCAGAGCAUGAAGAAGAGGAGGCGGAGGAAGCAGCUGCAGAGGAGGAGGAUACUUCCACAGAGGAGGUAAUAAGUGAUGGAGGAGAAGAGCAGGAGGAGUCCCAGGAGGAGGCAGAAGAAGAGGAGGUGACACCUGAGGAGGAGGGUGUGGAGGAGGCUGUGGAUCAAAGUGUGGAUGAGGAGGAAGUGGCUGCAUCAUCUGAAGAGGAGGAGGAGGAGAUAAUCAAGGAAGGUGAGGAAGAAACAGAGGAGGAGAUGAGUGAACCUCAGGGAGAAGUUACAGAAGAGGAAUCAGAAGACGCACAGGAGGAGUCAGAGACAGCAGCGGAGGAGGGAAGUGUGGAAACUUCUGAGGCUGAAGAGGACGAAGACACUGGUGCUGGAGACGCAGCUGAGGAGGAGGAGGAGGCUGUGGAGGCUCAGUCGGAACCAGAAGCAGAACCAGCUGAGCCUCCUCAAACAGAAACGGAGGAGCCAGAAGUGACAGCAGAAUCUGAGGCUGAACCAGAAGUGACCACAGAGCCUGAAGUCAUUUUGGAACCAGAGGUGACCUCAGAACCAGAACCAGAACCAGAACCAGAACCAGAACCAGAGGUGACUGCAGAACCAGAACAAGAACCAGAACCAGAACCAGAGGUGACCUCAGAACCAGAACCAGAACCAGAGGUGACUGCAGAACCAGAACCAGAAUCAGAGGUGACUGCAGAACCAGAGCCAGAGGUGACGACAGAACCAGAACCAGAAGUGACUGCAGAACCAGAACCAGAACCAGAGGUGACUGCAGAACCAGAACCAGAGAUGACUGCAGAACCAGAGCCAGAGGUGACUGCCGAGCCUGAAAUUGAAGUGGUUUCAGAGCCCGAACUGGAACCAGAGGUUGUUCCUGAUGUGGAGCCUUUUGUCGAGGAGAUCACACCAGAAUCUGCAGCUGAUGUAGCUGAGGAGGCAGUGGAGGAGGCACCUGCUGAUGUUGAGGAGGUGACAGUCGAGGAGGUGACUGCAGAGGAGCCUCAAACCAAAGAGAAAAAGAAAGAUGCGGCAGCCGGCUCGACACUGAGAGACCGCGCCCAUAUUGAGGAAACACUGCGAUUGGCUACUACUGAACCCUCGGCAGAGUUCUCAGCUGCUAUGAAGAAGCUGUUGAACAUCUACCACACUGCCAUCAAGCCCAUGGAGCAGGCCUACAAGUAUAAUGAGCUCAGGCAGCAUGAAGUCACAGAUGGUGAGAUCACCUCCAAGCCCAUGGUUUUGUUCCUGGGACCAUGGAGUGUCGGCAAGUCCUCCAUGAUCAACUACCUGCUGGGUCUUCACGGCACCUCACAGGAACUCUACACAGGUGCUGAGCCCACCACCUCCGAGUACACAGUAAUAAUGCACGGUGAGAAGUUUCGGACCAUAGAGGGCAUCGUCAUGGCAGCAGACAGCUCACGGUCCUUCUCGCCACUGGAGAAGUUUGGCCAAGGCUUCCUGGAGAAGCUGAUUGGCACUGAGAUGCCCCACAAGCUGCUGGAGAGGGUCACCUUUGUGGACACGCCCGGCAUCAUUGAAAACCGCAAACAGCAGGAAAGAGGUUACCCCUACAAUGAGGUGUGCCAGUGGUUUAUUGAUCGAGCUGAUCUCAUCUUCCUGGUGUUCGACCCCACCAAGCUGGACGUGGGCGGGGAGCUGGAGAUGCUCUUCAGGCAGAUGAAGGGCCGCGAGUCCCAGAUUCGCCUCAUCCUCAACAAGGCCGACAGCCUUACCACCCAGGACCUGAUGAGGGUCUACGGGGCCCUGUUCUGGAGCAUGGCGCCCCUAAUCAACGUCACCGAGCCUCCUCGGGUGUACGUCAGCUCCUUCUGGCCUCAGGACUACGCUGCAGACACAAGCCGAGGGCUCUUCAUGAAGGAGGAGACUUCUCUGCUGGAAGACCUUAACCAGGUGAUUGAGAAUCAGAUGGAGAACAAGAUCGCUUUCAUUCGCCAGCAUGGCAUCCGCGUUCGCAUCCACGCCCUGCUGGUGGACCGCUACCUCCAGACCUACUACGACAAGCUGGGUUGGUUCAGCGACCCCUACGAGGUGUUCCAAGACAUAGUCAAUGACCCAGACAAGUACUACAUCUUCAAAUCCAUUCUGGCCAAAACCAACGUCAGCAAGUUCGACCUGCCCAACAAGGAGGCUUACCAGGACUUCUUCGGCGUGAACCCAGUUUCCAGUUUCAAGCAGCUCUCCUCCCACUGCAGCUGGACUGGCGGGUGCCUGCUGGAGAAGAUAGAGAGGGCCAUCUCAAACGAGCUCCCGGCUCUGCUCAGCAGCGUCAGCAAGUCCGCAGACACGCCUGCCCCGGCGAAGGCCGCACCCGCACCCCCACCUCCGCUCCCUGGCACUUGUGAGGGUCCCGCGUGUGAGGAGAAACCCAAGAAUCGCUGGAGGAAGCAUUGAGAUGGAGGAGAGGGGUGCAGGAGGGGGAACAGAGGAGGCAGAUGGCAGCAGCAGCCAGAGGGUUUCCUGAAAUAAUCCUCACUGCUGUGAUUUUCAGAACUGGGAAUGGUGCGACUGAGCGGUAAAAGAGAAUAGAAAAUGUGCAAAGAUGUACCAUGCUGGGUCGACUUUUCUGUGACAAUUCUCUGGUACACAUUGUCCAAUAUGACACCCUUCUGGUGUUUAGGUACGGCAGAACAAAGAAAAAUAUUUUCACUAUGGUUUGGUAGUAAAAGAAUCUAGAAAAAAGAAGUCAACUUUCCGUCAGAGUCCUUCACUGCGCAAAAUGUGAUGAAUAUCCACCAGAGAAACCAACUUCAAAAACAUAAUAAAAAAAACCCAAGACGUUCAUCUCCUUUGUAACUUUACAUUUUAAUGAAAUCUGAGAAUGAAUGUUUAAUUGUUUCCUGUUGUUUUCAAGUUUGUACAUUAUUUAUUCAAGUUUUCCUCCUCAGAGAAAGAUGCCGGUAGCGAUUGUUUUCUUCCACUGAUACAGAAAAUGCUGCCACUCAUGUCUUCUCUGUUGUUUGCAAAGUCUGAAGAUUCAAACUGCUGUGCUGUGUUUUUACAGUUGAACCGCCGUAGGUCGUCACUGGUUAGGGCGCUUCAUUUCAAUGACAGGACAAUAAAACAGAAAGGAGGAUUCUCUCAUCACGUUUUAUUGAGCAGGGAUUCAACCAUGUUUAGUUACUGUGCUGCACUGCUGCAUAUUGUACUGUCUUUAUUCCUAAGUGUUGUACUAUUAUUAUAGAAACAAGUUUCAUUUUAGCAUUUCUCAGUGCUGCACUGGGACUGAAAUAACUGAAUUCUCUCCUUAACAACAUCAUUCAAUAAGCUUGUAUUUAAUAAUGCCACUGCGGCCUUUUCAGCGCUCUGAACUGUUGCUAGUUUUACCUCAACACGGCUGCAUACCACAUGGGCAUUUCCUUUAAAAAUGUAAUCUUUUCCUUGUCCUUCUAGAUCUGUUUGUAAUUGUCAUUCUUUUGAGUGAUUUCUUUUGAGUAAACAACCACAUUAAAAUGUG